GAGAGAAAAUGAGCGAUGCUCCGCCGCGGUAUCGUCACUCGACGCGAGUCCGCGCGACUGCGACUUCCGAUGGACGCCCGCGUCCUGACGGAUCGUCAUCGUCGUUGUCGUCAUCAUCAUCGUCACCAUCAUCAUCACCAUCGUCAUCACCAUUACCAUCAUCAUCAUCAUCAUCAUCACCAUCACCAUCAUAUCAUCGUCGGCAGCAGCGCGCACGUCAUUGACGGUCUCCUCGGCGAAAACAUAGUGGCCGAUACACGCGACCGAUUGUGUCCCGGAUGCACGUUACGUGUGGUUGCGACGCGUUUGCCGAACUUCGCGAGGACUUCCAUCGGCGAGCGCGGCGAAGGGAGAGAGACAGAGAGAGAGAGAGAGAGAGAGAGAAAGACAGAGAGAAAGAGAGAGAGAGAGAGAGAGAGAGAGAGAGAGAGAGAGAGAGCAAGUCGUGCUGUCGUCGGUGUGCCGUCGCUAUCUCGACGGUAUCUCGACAAUACCUCAACUCAUACGACGGCAUCGUCGUGCGCGUCGUGAGAUACUCUGUUUGUUCGACCGAGCAGUGCGUGUACAGUGAGCGGUUACAGUCUCGCGUUAUGUACGUCGUACACGGCUUUCAACCGAGUAAGUCAGAAGUAAACUCGACUCGUUGAGAAGAGGAGGCAGCGGCGCGGCCGUGCGAGACGCGUGUUCGAGGAAACACGCGCCUACAGAGGAGGCAUGCAGCGCGGCCGUCGAGAAAAGCAGGGAUAUGCACCGUGUGUGUAUGACUAUACAUAGUCGUUGACAUUGGCGUUAGUCAUAACCGUAAGAGACAUAAGAGACUCGAGGAAAAUGCACACCGCCAGUAGCAGUACGUGACGUGUACCUCGCAUCUGGAGCUCCAAGUUUGGUUCGCGUGAUGUCUUUAUGAUCCGACCGACUGGAGGAUCAAGAAGGGACAAUGGCGACGCAGGUAGAAGAGAACCCUUCGCCGUCGUCGCCGCCGCCGUCGCCGCCGCCGCCGUCGCCGCCGCCGCCGCCGCCGACGGAGGCGUCUCCUUGGUACGGCAAAGUGUUCGAGUGCUGGAGGAAUCGUAAUCGAGUAAGUCCCGGUAGAGUGGAGCUGCCCGACUGCGACUUCUUCAUUGUGGCGCCGCGACGCACCUUGCGCGUACUCCGACCGACCCUGAAAAGCGGCUGGUAUUACGAGAGUACGAUCGAUCGACCCGAGUCGAUCAACGACAAUUUCUUCGCGCGUUGGUCCAGGAGACCGCAUCCGUCCGGGAACUGCAGAUGUUCCUUUCGCCAGUCGGCCGGCGCGUUGGCCGUCAGCAACGAGGAGCGCAUCAUAUCCGCCGAACUCAAUCGGAUACGAACGAGCCUCUGCGAGGCGGAGAAGAACGCGCGCGACAUGGAGGAGCUGGAGCAGAGGGUCUCGGUGAAUCUGCAAAAGCUGCGGGACAACCCGCUGGCCGGCCACGUGGACUACCAGACGUCCGACGCGUUACCGACGACGACUGAUCGUCACCGGUCGUUCGAGCAGAGCGCGAAGCAUCAGAUCGUCAAAGAUUUAGAGCGGUACAUUAAUACGCUGCUGGAAGAAAUACUCGACGACACGGUUAAACAUGUGGCCGAAGUGGAGAAGAACGGCGUACGACAGUCCAAAGUGGCCUGGCAACAAACGGAUGUUCUUACGAACAAGUCGCGACCCGACGAGUCCAAGGAGGAAGUACCGGCCACGAGAAACGGACGCGGAUCUUUCGUCGAUGUCGAUCUCUCUGUAGCCGACAACAAGAGGCAGGAGUGGCGAUGCGGUGGCAAAAAUCGGGGGGGCAAGAAGCAAUUCGCCAAAGUGAACGAGGUGAACGAGGGCUACGUGAACCCCGCUUUCGUUGGCUCGACGGACCAACUGGCUUCCAUAGAGCUCGAUCGCGCCACGGAGAAACACGCCGACCUGUACCUCGGAAUACCGGCACACAUCACGCCGGAGAACAUCGCGCCGGAGCGCGAAACGGACUGCGUGGAUUCUGGCAUCAACAGCGUGGAGACCAUCGAGCUUCAACCGGACCAAGAGGCCAGCUUCGAGCAGUCGCUUUUACGAAUCAUCGAUGAGAAACUGGGCAGAGGCCCCACGACGAAUAAUCCGGGAGAGGACAGCACCGAGGAAAUUUUGCCGAAGGCGGUUUCGCUUGCGGAGGAACACUCGAGCGAUUCCGACCAAGGAGCUGCGAAAACCUGGUCGAAAGUCCGAGAGACCGCGGAGACUACCGCCGAGCACGUAAUCGAUUCGGCAGGUUCCGAGACGAUGGAGCAGCUGGAAGAUAAUAAUCAAGUCAACGCGCAGACCGACUUCGACAAGCUCCGUCUGGAGUUCCGGAACAACGAUCACGAGCCAUCGUUGAACGGUGGGGAGGCUCCGUCGAAGCUCGGCGCGAAGCUGAAGGAGACUCUGCCUAUCCCUGCCGAAGCGGCCGAUUCUCCGAUCGAACUCAGGGAUUACAGGAAAGGCUGGUCCGAGUUGGACGGAAUCUCCUCGCGAGGUAGCACACGACGCGACCUGCCCGACUCGGUGACGUUUCGAAGGAACAGGAAGCCGACAAUCGUCUUCCUGCACGGCUUCGGCUCGUCGGCCGAGAUCUUUGAGCACCAGCUGCAGUAUUUUUCGUCGCUCGGUUAUCCCUGCAUAGCUCCCGACAUGCUCGGACACGGUAUGAGCUCGGCGCCCGGUCGAUCGCGAGAUUAUCACUUUGGCAAGCUGCUCAAGGAUCUGGACGCUGUUUUGCAUCAUUACGCUUUCAAGCCUGGCGAGAAGUGUGUCUUGGUAGCGCACAAUUACGGGUGCAGCUUCGCCACGGCCUUGGCUUACAAGUACGACAGCAAUGUCCAUCAGCUCGUGCUGAUUUCAGGCGGUGGGCCAACCCCGUUGGCCCCGCCGAGUACAGAAAGCGCUGGACACUGCUGUCUCAGGGCGAUCCUCGCGCCUCUUUUAAUGUGCGGUCUUCACCGAGAUAUUCUGUAUUCCGCACGAGGACGGCAACACCCUUAUUGCGGUCAAGAGUCGAUGGAACAGUGGCCUUCGCAUAUGAAAUAUGUAUUGGACGGUAUGAUAUGGCCGGAGGGUGACUAUGUUUUUCACAGGAGGAUAUGCACGCCCACACUUUUGGUGCAUGGACUGAGAGACAACAAGGUGUCUUUGGUACAAGAGUGUCAAAUGGAAAGGACGAUGAUGAAGGCUUUCCUCGAAGCUAUUCCAAUGGCUGGUCAUAGCCCUAUGACAGAGUGUCCUCAGCAGCUGAAUCAUAUGAUACAUUGUUUUAUAGAUUUGUGGAAAAACAAAAAGUGGCAACACUGAUAUCGCAUAGUUUUAAACUAGAUAAUUCGAACAUAGGAGUAUAAUCGCCUAAGAAGCUCUAUCAUAUCAAAAGAUUAUACCGACUGAACCGACCAAUUGCACGGACCAAUUAUUAAUUAAUUAUGGUAUGAUAUGAAACUUUCGUGUAUCCAAGUUUGAAGAGGAGACGAGCUAUUCGUUUUAAGACCUUUCGGAGAAAGGUUCUCGGUUCGAUAGAACGGUAAGGUAAAUUAAUAAGAGAAACUUGUGCAUAGAGCGCAUAGAGCGCGGCCUCAUAAAUGUGCCAAGAUGUACAGAUUGAAUAAAUACAAGAUGUCCUAUUUGUUCCGAUCACUUGAAAUAACUUUUAUAUGUAUUUUUAAAUCUAUUUGCAGUUUUUAAUUAUCAAUUUUUACAAGUAUACGUAGUUUGGAAUUGCCGAUGCCGACUACACAGUGCCAACGAAUUGUACCAAUGAAUGGCAUCUUCGACACUGUCUUUCCAUUUAAAUUAGAUGCUUUUUCGUAAAACAUCUCGUUUUUGUGCAAAACAUGCCUGGCACAACGACAGGUUUCGGCCGAGAGUUAUUCAAAGUGAUCUCGCAAAUAUCGCAUAGAGGCUAUGAAACAAAAUACAGAUUUGACCAAAGAUCGUUUGUGGAUAUGUAUGUGUAUAUAUAUAUAUCCAUUUCUCAUAUCAUCCAUCCAUAAUACGCGUAUGUCAAAUAUAUUUUUAAUAUAAGUUAUUCGUUUUAUCAAUAAAAGUGUGUGUAUACAGUU